AUGGCGCCAAUCACACGAACUACAUCGUCGUAUGGCGGCGGUGGUAUUGCCAAACAAGUGCAUCGCAAGAGACCAUCACGAAAAGAGCCCUCAGAUGAAACCUGGAACUUCUCGCUCGGAGCCGGUGCGAAGGUCAAUGGGUCAACACGACACUCGGAAAGCCAGCAUGACAUUGCAACGCCCGAGAGCCUGCCGAAUGUCGAAGAAGCAGUACAGCCGCUACGCGCCAUGGCGGACAAAGUGGGAAAGGAGGUCGAAACAUUUGCGCAGACGCUGGACGAGUUCUUCACUGAACUGCCUGCUGUGGAGAACCGCUUCGGAGCCGUAUUCGACCUCGUGCUGAAUUUCCGGGACAUUGCGAAUGAUGUCGUGGAGCGAUUGAAGAGCCAGUAUGAGCGGGAGCUACGGCAGCAGUUGAGGCAAGAAUGGAGCGAGCAGGCGCGCGCGUCGGGUACAUCUACAAUGUCGAGACCGUUCGCUGCGACGACUUCGGCGGAGCUGAGUGCUAGGCAGAAAGAGCAGGUGGCGGAGCUACGGUCGUGGCAGCAAGAAGCGGAUCUUUGGGAUCUGUUCCGGAUUAUGCUGAACCUGCACCCAUUCGAAUCGGACGCAGAGGAGCGGCGGCAGGAGGAUGAGGCGAAUUUGGCGAAGCUCGCGCCUCCACAUCGCUAUGCACCCGAAGGAGAUCUGUGGGAUCGGUUCGUGCUUGAGGACAAGCUGGCAAGGGAGCGGAACGAUAUCAAACAAUGGCUCGAGCGGACGGCGUACCACCAGCAAAGCGACUUGCAGGGCAUCAUGGAGGAACUCGAGACCAAAGCCGGCAGAGGGAAGGGUCUAUGGUCUUCUGGCUGGCUGCACACACGCGAGAAGAUCAAGGGCGAGAAGAGGAUACGCUCGUGGCCGAACGCUGCGGACUCGCCUCUACCGCAGAUUCGACGCUCUGACAACAAUGAUCUACUCGUGACGACCCUGGACCCUGAUGCUGCUACACGACAAGAGCGAACACUGGAGAAGCCGGACGCGUACUUCGAGCGUGCUAUGUGGAUCGCGUGCUGGGAAAUGCUUCGUCGCGGAACGCCAUGGCAUGACAUAUGCGAGUGGUUCGAAAAGCGAAAAGAAGGCUGGCGCGCAGUGGCUGUCAGUGCUGCCAUGGAUCGCACUGAUCCUACCCUCUCUACUUCCGCUUUCAGACAAGUUAGUCGAAUGGCAUCACGCUCAACCUUGGCAAGCGAUCAUGAAGCAGCAGUAUUUGGCCUGCUUGGUGGCGAUGUGAAGACUGUGGAGAAAGUCUGCCGCACUGUCGACGACCACCUGUACGCACACUACAACAGCGCGCUACUGAAGCAGUUUGACAACUACCUGCUCUCGACCUGCCCCGAGAAGGCUGUACCUUCGCAGUGGCGGCGCAGCGUCACCGACGACUCCCUUCGAGAUCCCGAACAAGCUGAGGCCGCAAUUCAAGACCUGAUCCUGCGCCUGCGAAAGGGUUCUUCGACCAGCAAGGAGGCUUCGCAGCCAAUGAAGAUCAUCCAGAGCUACCUUUUGGCGGACGAAGUCGGCAGCUUGGUCCACACGGUCGGCGCAUCUAUUGCAGAAACUGCUGCUUUGCAAGGACCUGAAGACGUGAUCUUCCUCAGGGACCGUCAGGCCCGUCAAGAUGGCGUGCCAUUGCCAGAAACGGAGGUGGCACUCGACCCACAGACCUUGAGGAUAGCGGCGCACAUGUCGAUUGUCCACCGCGCUUUGAGCCCGCACUAUCUUGAAGGCCUCGAAGGCGACGAGCUCCUGGAAGACGAGAACGUUCUAGUGGCGUAUAUUCAGGCCCUGCGAGCGGCCGGCAAACGCGACCUCAUACCCAUCUAUGCGUCGAAACUGCAGCAAGGGAGAUAUAUUCUCGUGCUCGGUCGGUACCUCCAGGACAUCACGGACUCGCAGGAGCAAGUGCGCGUGUUGGGGCUGUUGCAAGAGUACGAACUGGACGUUGUCGCAAUUCUCUCGGAACAACUGAGAUGGGUGGUUGGCCAUUCGCUUGGGUCAGAAGCCCACCCGCAGCCUCUGCGGAUGCUGGAAAAGAUUGCGGACACGAAGAUGCAUCCUGGCCAGCAGAUCAUUGUUGGCUUCAUAUCCGAGGAUGCUUCUCCUGAGGAUGAAGCGAUGGUGAGUGUGCUGCAGUGGUUUCAGCACAUGCGUGGGGGGUGGAAGCCUAUGUUCGAGGCGCUUUCGGUAGCGAUGAGGAAAGCUCUAGUGACCGGCCAUCUGACAUGCGCACGGAUGAUUCUGGAAGCAUUCCCAUACGACCAGGUCUCGAAUCGCAAGUCUUACGAGGUCCUCGGUCGCGCUGUCAACUUCGCGGACAGCAGCGCUGAGCCUCACGACCACGAAGAAGCUCUAAGCUGGAAUCUCAUGCAGCAGCAAUCGAAUACUUACUACGAGCUCGCGCAGCUUGUGACUGCCUUAGACGCCAUGUCCGAGUGGCGGUCGUCGGAGCAGGAGUAUCUCGGCAGGAUGCCAAAACCUCCGACUGUGCCCACAACUCUCAAGCAGAAUUGGUUCAAGGUCAGGACGGCAAUGAAGCCGAUCUUGAAGGGCAUACUCCAAAACUCCACGGACCCGGGUGAAGCACACGACCUCUCCAUCAUCCGCGAGAACUACCUGCCCGAGAUGGUCAUAGCCUACAACACCGUCCUUCAUGCCGCGGGCAACCUUAUCACGAGAGACAGUCUGCUCGACAGCAUGGAGCUUGGUGUCUCGAUCGCAAACGGCAAGAAGAAAGACGAGGACAAUGGGCUGCAGAAGGUGUUUGUGAAGGCCGGGAGGAUGCGGGAGUUGGUGGAGAGUCUGGCGUUGACGAGCAAGGUUAUGUUGAUCUUGAGGGCAGAGGGGAAGGAGCACAAGGUGAAGAAGGAGAGAAGGGGACAGGAUUUGGGGAUUUGGGAGAUUACUGGUGCGUAG